AUGGCGAUCAAAAUCCCUAGCAAAGACCUUUUUUAUCCCAGCGAUGGAUCGCCUGUCCGUCAACGAUGCAAAAAGUGUGGCCGGUGGUUCGACCAGUGUACAUAUUUUGUCGGUGACAGGGGACAGCCCACCUUGACGUGCUGGUUUUGCCGCAAAUCGUCGAACAGGAGCCACAAGAGAAGGCGAGAGAGAGACGCUGCCGAAAGGCGCCAGCAGCAGCAACAGCGACAGCGACAACAGCAGCCGCCCCAGACCUUGCCCAUGCCAGUGCAAUCUGCAUUCUUCCAACCCCAGCCCCAGCAGCAACAGCAGAACUCUUUCGUGGCUCAGACUCAGGGCGAGAACGACACCAGCUUCGCUCCCCUGCACGAUAUGUUCGAUGCUGACUCCCAGAACGCAUUCAUUUCAUCCUAUGACCCAGUUCCUACAGACGGGAUGUUCCCCCCCGAUCGAAAUGCAACUAUGCCACCGAGCACCCAGUCUCAGUCCAGCUUCACCUUCGAGGGCCCCUUUGCCGACAAUUCCUCCGCUGGUCAGUUCAGUAGAAACGGAGAGUUCACCAACACCCCGGGCCAUCUUUUCGCCCCAGCUACAGCCAGCCAGUAUACCAACCAUCUGAACAGCCUUUUCGUUGCGAACAGCAACGGCAUUCACGCCCGAAUGCCGGCUAUAGUCCCGAGGGUUGUAGCUGAUUUUCAAGAUCUCCUUGACAGCGAAGUUGAGGAUUUGACAUCCGCUACGCCGUUCACCGAACAGUCUAAUGAAGUUAGGAUCGCGCUGCACAGAGGUGGUCGGAUGCAGCACUACGACGUCAAAGCUCACUCUCAAUUCUUCCUGGAAAGAGCUGAGUGA